AAAUAAAAUAAACAAUUCCAACCAAAACUGUUUUGCAAAAACAAAACUCUCUUUCCCUUUCUUUUAUUAAGUUACUUUAUUUCAUUUCGUUACAGCUAAACCCUGUCUUCCAAUUCCUUCAAAUCCAAACCAAACCCAUUGAUUCAUUGUAUGAACAAAAACUGGGACUUCGUUACUUUUUUGGGUUUUGGGUUUUUUGUUUUUUGAGCGACAAUGAAGCGAGCAAAGCUAGAGACUUUGGUGUCGCCGAGUCGACUCAGAUUGCUUCAGCUUUUGAUGGGCAUAGUGUUUCUUUGCAUACUCGUUAUGACCAUCGAAAUCCCACUGGUUUUCCGCACCGAGUCGGAUUCAGACGACGGAGCUUUUGGGUUUUUAUUGCCGGGAGACGAACCGGACGGUACGUAUCUGUAUCGGAAACCGAAACGGCAAAUACAGGAGUUCAAGAGAAUAUCGGGUUUGAUCUUUAACGAGAGCUUAUUCGAUGCUAAAAAGGACGAGUUUUCGGAGCUCUAUAAGUCGGCAAAGCAAGCUUGGGUGAUAGGGAAGAAGUUCUGGGACGAAAUGGAGUCCAAGAAAACCGAGUUCAGCCCGAAAAAGGUGCCGGAAAACCGGUCCGAGACGUGCCCAAAUUCGAUUACGCUGUCGGUAGGCGAAUUCCGGAACCGGGUUUUGGAGCUCCCUUGUGGGCUGACCUUGUGGUCCCACAUAACGGUGGUGGGGACACCCAGGUGGGGCCACCCGGAGAAUGAUCCGAAAAUAUCGGUUUUGAACGAAGGAGAUGAGUCGGUGAUGGUGUCACAGUUUAUGAUGGAGUUGCAGGGUCUGAAAAUUGUGGAUGGUGAAGACCCACCAAGGAUUUUGCAUUUCAAUCCGAGGUUGAAAGGGGAUUGGAGUAGAAGGCCUGUGAUUGAGCAGAACACUUGUUAUAGGAUGCAGUGGGGUACAGCUUUGAGGUGUGAAGGGUGGAAGUCAAGAGCUGAUGAAGAAACUGUUGAUGGACAGGUGAAAUGUGAGAAGUGGAUUCGUGAUGAUGACAAUCACUCGGAAGAAUCGAAGGCAUCCUGGUGGUUGAACAGGCUUAUAGGGCGGACAAAGCAGGUGUCUAUAGACUGGCCAUACCCUUUUGCAGAGGGAAAAUUAUUUGUUCUAACAAUAAGUGCUGGCUUGGAAGGUUACCAUAUUAAUGUAGAUGGGAGGCAUGUCACUUCUUUUCCUUAUCGGACUGGAUUUGUUCUUGAAGAUGCCACUGGACUUUCUGUCAAUGGGGAUAUUGAUGUACAUUCUGUUUUUGCUGCUUCCUUACCCACAUCACAUCCAAGUUUCACAACGCAAAUGCAUCUUGAGAUGUUUACAAAAUGGAAAGCCCCACCUCUUCCAUAUGGGCAUGUGGAGCUUUUCAUUGGCAUCCUAUCUGCUGGCAACCAUUUUGCUGAGCGAAUGGCUGUAAGGAAGUCUUGGAUGCAACAUAAGUCAAUUAAAUCUUCUCAUGUUGUGGCUCGGUUUUUUGUGGCAAUGCAUGGGAGAAAGGAAGUAAAUCUGGAGCUAAAGAAAGAAUCAGAGUAUUUUGGUGAUAUAGUUAUGGUUCCUUACAUGGAUAAUUAUGAUCUUGUUGUGUUGAAGACUAUAGCAAUCUGCGAAUAUGGGGUUCACACAGUGGCUGCCAAGUAUAUCAUGAAGUGUGAUGAUGACACAUUUGUUAGGGUGGAUGCUGUGAUCAAGGAAGUAAGAAAAGUUGAUGAAGAUAGAAGCCUUUAUGUUGGAAAUAUGAACUAUCAUCACAAGCCCCUUCGUCAUGGUAAAUGGGCAGUGACAUAUGAGGAAUGGCCAGAGGAAGAAUAUCCAACCUAUGCAAAUGGUCCGGGUUACAUUGUGUCAUCCAACAUUGCACAGUUAAUCGUAUCUGAUUUUGAAGAGCACAAAUUAAGAUUGUUCAAGAUGGAAGAUGUGAGCAUGGGAAUGUGGGUGGAGCAGUUCAACAGUUCAAGACCUGUGCAGUAUGUGCACAGCUUGAAAUUCUGCCAAUUUGGGUGCAUCGAGGAUUAUUACACUGCACAUUAUCAAUCUCCAAGACAGAUGAUAUGCAUGUGGGACAAAUUGCAAUCUCAAGGAAAACCCCAGUGCUGCAACAUGAGAUGACAAUGAAACAAGAUAGUGUUCACCAUACAAAUUUUGUAGUCAUAGUAUACCUCUGUGAAUACUCAAGUCAGGUUAAGUCUAAUGGGGAUAUUCAUGAUCCUUUUCCAAAUUCGUUCAUUAUUUCACCUUUUCCUCCUUUUGUUCCCCAUUCAUCCCUCUAUACGCUAGGCGAUGUGAGAGGAACAAUGUUCCUAUUUAGAGAUAGGCAAAACAUAUAUAAACAAUUUAUUUUGUAAUCUAGAGUGUAACACCACAGAAGCAGAAUGAAAUGAAUGUUUGAAACAAUGGUUCUGCUUUA